UCUCGACGCCCAGGCGAGCCGCCCGCCGCUUUCACCGGGAGUUCGGGCUCCCCGCCACGCGUGGAGCGGCGUGUGUGCGGGGAUGCGGGGUCGGAUGGGCUGGGCUGCGGGCUGGGGCAUAGAGCAGGGGCCGGAGGAGUCUGAGGAGUGAAAAGCCUUUCCCUUGGCGUGCCUGUGUCGGCAUCUUCCUCGCUCUCCACUCCCUGAAGAACUUCACAAAAAACCAUACUUCUGUUCCUAGGAAUCAAAAAUAUUCAGAGGUGGCAAGUUUAAAAAACAAACAGGCAAACAGAUGUGUCAUGUAUUUUGACAACUAGCAUGUUCGUCUGCUGUCACUUCUGUCAGUCAACUGCUUGAUAAGAAAUUGAAUACGAUUUUAUUUCCUGGCUCUACAUUGCAACUCCUGCAGCUCCUACAGGUAGGCUCCUCUUACAGGAGGAACCUAUUUGGAUGAGAUAACAUUCUUGUCAGUGCAAGAAAUAAUCAGAUGAGAAAUCAUGAGUGGGAGAGUAGAAGGAGGAAUAGGUGGAAAUUAAAAUCCAUAUUGGCCUCCUAUGUGCUUCUUCCAGAUACCUGUGGGAAGAGAUGCUACAGCUAAAACUGGAUUUUUGUGGGGAAAACUAUGAAUUUAUUAAAAAUCUGUGAUCUGUAUCUCUUCAUUUCAGCUGAUCUUGAUGGAGGGAUUAUACUUGGGUGAUGUGGAGAAUUGCAACUCAGGCUGAAUGCUUGUACUGUAUAUUAAUUUACUACAUCAUUCAUUUGUAUGGGAACUGAAAACCAUGAAGGGUCUCCAACACCUCUUUGUUCAAUUUGUGGCUAACUUUUCAGCAGGGCAGCCUGAGGAAAGCCGAGUAGUUUGCCUUUCCAUGAGGGCACCCACCUGUAACAAAAGUGUCUGUCCAUUUGCGCGUGUGUUCAGCAUCAGUUUUCUGUAGCAGAGAGAGCUGCUGUGAAGCUUUUGUAUUUUAUUCCAAUAUUGUGAGUGGUGAAAGGGAGGCUGCUUUUUGGCAUGCACUAGGACAUGUCAUUUGUUUUACAGAUGAGUUAAGUAAUGCGGGGUUAGAUCAUCCUCACCCAAGGUGAUUAAAUCCUUAGCCCUGCAAACGAGCUGUAGCAACUAAACUAAGAUUAUCAUCUUACCCGUUUUCCAAUGCUCUCUGUGAAUCUGCUAAAUUAAUAACAGCAGUUAGAAAGGCAAAAGACUGAGUAUGGGAGACCAGCUGUUAAUGGGCUGGGGGACCUUGUGAAGGAAAGAAAUAAAGUCGUCCUGUCUGUGUUCUGGGGUGGCUCCCGGGCCACUGGUGCCCCGCUGGGUACCUGCUGCCAGUGGCAGCGUGCCGGCUGGUCCCACAGUGCUGGCUCCUUCCUGCCAGCAGUGACAACCUCGCAGCGAGCCCCCUGCUGCUGCUCUGCCCUGUGAGGUGGUGCUCUCCUGGCUGUGGGAGGGUGGUGGUUUGGCAAGAAGGGAAGUGGCACAUGAGGGAUCUCUGUAUUUCAUCACCGGUAAGGCUGUAACAGAGUUCGAGAGCAACAGGGCUGCUUACUUAGCAGCGCUCUGGAUUUCACUACUGGCAUUUUUCUGUCUGGCUCUGUAGGCUAGUGAGGCAUUCUGUGAGAAGCUGACCAGCCAGUGAACUGGGUGAAGUUCUAAUGUACUGUGAUAUGUGGCUGGGCAAGAGUGGUGGAGUCACUUUUUUGUGGAGGCCACUGCCAGGACAUAAUAUUGAGCUAGGCUAGAUCUGUUUUGGUCUGUCAGUCCUGUGCCACCGCAUAGGAAAUGGCCACUCUCCCUAACAAAACUAGCUUUACAUUUAUUUUCCACCUUCCUGCUUUCCCACGAUCUCCUUUGAUCCUCUGGUUCCUCCUUUAUAUGCCUUUCGUUCUUAAACGUGCUUACAUAGUUGGCUUCCGUGUUUUCUCAUGGUAACACAUUCCAUAUAUUCACUUCUGCUUGAGGGAAACACUCCCCGUCCACCCACACAUGUAACACUGCUCUGGGCCAAAUUCUGAUUGCUUCUGUGUCAAUGUAAAUCUGAGCAGCGCCACCGACUCUGGCCCUGCUGCCUUGGGGUCGCAACAAUACAGCUCUGGGUACAACGUGGCCCUUUGGCUGGUUUGAAGGGUCAGGGAGGCUCCUCUGAGCACGCGCCCACGUCACACGACAGAAAUAUCUGUUCUGUAAACAGUUCUGCUCCUCACAAGGUAUGCUGUGGAAUAGGCUUUGCUUUCAUGGGUUUUGCAAAUUGCAGAGAAGCUUUCUGUAAUGCAGAGGAACAGUGUAUCCUGAAUAAGGAGACAUAAUUGAUUCUUUCUGGUAUCCCAGCUCUUUACAAAUGCAUACAGUGGAACUAGCAGGAUGAUUUUUUAGCAGCCCAGGAACACCGUAGCUGAAAUUCAAGCCUGGGGUAAAGAGGGAGGUGUGGUACCAUGCUGAGCGAACGCGCUCAGCGCUGCCAGAUCACUGACACACCAAAGCUCCCAGGGCUUCUGCCUGGGCACUGCUCUGCAGAAGCUCACCCUGCUGUUGCACGAGUUGAAAAAAGCCCCACGUACACACGGAGCCACCACUUCAGCAAUUGCGCUUUCAGGGCUUGCCUUUGACUAUUGCUUAGCAGGCAUAGUAGAGCAGUGCUGAGACUAACAGACCCCUCUGCAGCUUGUGCUGGUAGGGUAUGCAAUUCCAGACCACCAACCUAGAGUAAUUUGCUGUACUCCAACCCCCCUUCUUCUGGGGGUGGGGCGGAGUAGUAUUUUUUUUUUAGGUAUGAAAUUUACAGGAUCUCCAAUCAAAUUAAAGGUGUCCCAGGGUCAACCCGUGAAACUAAAUUGCAGCCUCGAGGGAAUGGAAGAUCCCGAGAUGUUGUGGAUCAAGGACGGAGCAGUGGUGCAAAGCGUAGACCAGGUGUACAUUCCAGUAGAUGAAGAACACUGGAUCGGCUUCCUCAGCUUGAAAUCCGUCGAGCGGACAGAUUCUGGGAAGUACUGGUGCCAGGUUGAGAACGGGGGGAAGAAGGAAGAAUCACAGCAAGUGUGGCUCAUAGUGGAAGGUGUGCCCUACUUUACUGUGGAACCUGAGGAUGUGUCCGUGUCCCCUAAUGCCCCAUUUCAUAUGGCCUGUGCUGCUGUUGGUCCCCCUGAACCAGUGACAAUUGUCUGGUGGAUGGGAGACUCUAGAGUGGGGCUUCCAGACUUCUCCCCCUCCAUCUUAAAUGUGUCAGGUAUUAAUCAAAGCACAGUUUUCUCCUGCGAAGCUCACAACGUAAAGGGAUUGUCUUCAUCUCGGACAGCCACUGUUCAAAUUAAAGCCAUGCCUCUCCAGCCUCUCAAUGUAACUGUAAGCCAAGUCACCAGCAGCAAUGCCAGCGUGGUCUGGGUGCCAGGAUUUGAUGGCCAUGCACCCCUCCAUUCUUGCACUCUUCAGGUAGCCGAGUCACCAGAUGGCCAGGAGGUCUCCACUGAAGUCACUCCAGUGCCACCCUUUGCCUACGGUGUGCAAGGCCUGAAGCAUUCCACCAACUACAGUGUUCGUGUGCAGUGCAGCAAUGAGAUGGGCAGCUCCCCUUUCACCGACAGGGUUUAUUUCCAAACCCUGGAGCUUGCUCCAAGCAGCACCCCACAAAAUAUCCAUGUUAUUCAAAGAGAUCCUGGUCUGAUUUUAGAGUGGGAAGGUGUGGCUCCAGAUGUGCUGAAAGAAAAUGUCCUGGGAUACAGGCUGGAGUGGAUUCAGGAUAAUGUAACUCAGGGGGAGAUGAUUGUACAGGAUACAAAAGCUAAUCUCACAACAUGGAAUCCUCUCAAAGACCUGAUCAUCAGGGUGUGUGUGCUGAACUCCGCAGGAUGCGGGCCUUGGAGUGACAUCUUCCUGCUUGAAGCCCAAGAGGUCAUGGGUGGCCAGAGGCAACCUCCUUAUGGGACAUCCUGGGUUCCUGUGGCAUUGGGCAUUCUCACAGCUCUGGUCACAGCUGUUGCCCUGGCUCUUAUUCUCCUUCGAAAAAGAAGAAAGGAAACUCGGUUUGGCCAUGCCUUUGGCAGUGUGGUUGGCAGAGGGGAUCCAGCAGUCCAUUUCAGAGCUGCCAGGUCUUUCAACAGGGAGGGCCCAGAGCUCAUUGAAGCAACAUUGGAGAGUGUAGGGAUCAGUGAUGAGCUAAAGACGAAACUCAAAGAUGUCCUAAUCCAGGAACAGCAGUUCACCUUGGGAAGAAUGUUGGGCAAGGGGGAGUUUGGGUCAGUUCGAGAGGCACUACUGAAGCUAGAUGAUGGCUCUUUCCAGAAAGUGGCAGUGAAGAUGCUGAAAGCGGACAUCUUUACCUCGACUGACAUUGAAGAGUUCCUGCGAGAGGCUGCGUGUAUGAAGGAAUUUGACCACCCUCAUGUCACUAAACUGAUUGGAGUCAGUCUACGGAGCCGUCCCAAGGGCCGUCUCCCAAUUCCCAUGGUGAUCCUGCCCUUCAUGAAGCAUGGAGACCUUCAUGCUUUUCUGCUGAUGUCACGGAUCGGGGAAAACCCUUUUAACUUACCUGUUCAGACACUCCUCAAGUUCAUGAUUGACAUUGCCAGCGGGAUGGAGUACUUGAGCUCAAAAAAUUUCAUACACAGGGACCUUGCAGCUCGGAACUGCAUGUUGGAUGAGAACAUGAACGUGAGUGUUGCAGACUUUGGGCUUUCUAAGAAAAUCUACAGUGGAGACUACUACCGUCAGGGCUGUGCCUCCAAGCUGCCAGUGAAGUGGCUUGCUCUCGAAAGUCUGGCGGAUAAUCUGUACACAACACACAGUGAUGUGUGGGCAUUUGGGGUGACCAUGUGGGAGAUCGUGACCCGAGGGCAAACCCCUUACGCUGGCAUUGAGAAUGCAGAAAUCUACAACUACCUCAUCAGCGGGAACAGGCUGAAGCAGCCGCCGGAGUGCCUGGAAGAUGUCUAUGAUCUCAUGUGCAGAUGUUGGCAUCCCGAGCCCAAGCUACGCCCCAGCUUUGGAGUGCUCCGGUCCCAGCUGGAAAUGAUUCGGGGGAGGAUGUCCACACUCUCUUCCAGUCAAGAUCCUCUCUAUGUCAACAUUGGGAAGGACAAAGAGGCGUCUGCGAGUGACCCUGCCCUGCACGCCUCCUUUGGCAACACGGACGGUGAAGAGACUGUUGCUGGGGCAGCUGCUGCUGUCACAAGUGACUAUCGCUACAUCAUGAGCCCCUUGUGCCUUGGAGAUGAUGCUGAAGGUGAAAGGCAUCCAGAUGGGCAGGAAGGGGAGGACAAAAGCCUUCUGUAUGAGCUGGAGACAGAAGGAGAGAAAAGUUGUUAACCUGUACAUAGCAGUGACACUCUGCUUCCCUGGGACGGGAUGUGUGCAGCCGCAGUGCCACGUCGCCUGGGGCUCUGAUGCCGGAUCUGGAAUGGCUUUGAACAGCACUGGCCAGAGCUCUUGGGCACCUUUUGUAGCUUUCACCACCUGUGUGGGCUGCAGUGGCGGACGGCUUGAAACGACCGCAACCCCAGCGACCCCUUGGAUUUGGGGGAGGGGGUUUGAAGGGUUACAGGUUGAUUGCAUCCCGCUGAAAGUUCAAAGCUAAGGUGGGCAGUCAGAGUCUGUGCUCUGCUCCUUCUCACUGACUGCUGGAGCAGAGCUGAAUACACCUUCUGUUCAGUCAGUGCUCGCUCUUGUGUAGAUGUUGUCUUCGAUCCUGGCUGCGUGACUUCGGGACUGGUACCUCUGAAAACACUAGUGGGUAUUUACACUGUCAUUCAGGACAAGAGGGCAAAAUUCCCCUUGUGUUCACUCAGCAGUACUGCCUAGACUUGUUGCCUACCUCAGUGGUUCUCAAACUGAUCUGCGGAGCUGCUUCUACCCAGCACUGAAUUUGAACAUCUGGCUUAUUUCAUGCAGUGACACUUGCCGCUUCCUCAGUCCGGGGCUCUUUUAAGAGUUUCAGGUGUUCUGAUGAGUGGUGAAAUUAGAAAAAAUGAAAACCCAGCAUCCCUCUUCACCCCAUGUACCUCUUUCAUGUCUUUCUUUUUCUUCUGUUUGAUGCCAGUUCAGGCCUGACCAGACUUGCAGCUGGCAUUAAAAUGUGAGGGGAGGGAGAGCAGCUGGCAUGUGUGAGGACAGAAUCCAACAUCAAAAGGAUGGAAAGGAAACAGUGUAGAGAGGACUUAACAGCAGUAUGGGGAAACAGUGCUAAUUAAUGCUAAGUGCUGCCCUACAGGAGAGGAAAGAGACAGCUUAGAUACAGAAUGGCAGACUUGCUUCAGUUUCAGCGGGAGCAGGAUUCAGCAUUUGCUUUAAAAUAGCAUUUGUUUAAUCUUUCUCUUUAACAGUGCUAUGACAUUUUCAAAUAACCAAGUGCUGUGUAGCUGCUGUAGUGAAGGUGUGAACACGGAGAGUGUGCGUGUUGGAGGGAAGGGAUCAACUGGGAGAUCUCUUUCUGAAGAGAGAGUCCUCAUGGUGAAAAGGCUUGAGAACCACUGGCCUUCCUGUUCAGGAGGUCUUCUGGCACACUGUAGAAGUCACAUCAGAACAUAGACUAGUUAAUCACUGCAGCCUUCCAGACAGGGCAAAAUUAAUGGUUUUGCUCUUUGGGUUUUGUUUUGUUUUCCAAUCAGCAUGUCUGGCUCACUAUAACUGCAAGUGCUUGUGUGGUUUUUAAUAAUUUAAUAUUUUACUGUAAAUCAGCAUUUGUUUUGUGCAGUGGUUCCCAGCAAGGAAGUGCAGUUACAUCUUGCUCUACUUAUCCUAAAUAUUUGCUAGAUUUAAAUUUCUUUUAUUUCCAGUGUGCUGAAAACUUGGCUGUAUCACAAGACUUAGGAUUCCACAUUGCUCUUCCUCAGAAACAAAUACCGCAAACGUCACCGUUUGCUGAGUUGGCAAAGGUGGGACAAAUAAGUCAAAUGAGAUUGCAGACUUGGUGUCAGAACACUCCACCCUUUCUUUGAUGCCCAGUAUUUCCUUAUUAUAAGGUUCGGGGCUAACUACAAAAUUCUGGUCCGGUUUCAGCCCCUAGUGAGAACACUUCCUAGGGAAGGGGAAUUUCAGCCUGGGGCUUGGGCAUGGCUCCUUUCUGUAAAGUUUCCUACUUAACAGCGCUGUCCUACAGCUGUCUCCAGAAGUUCAGUUUUCUCAGUCGCAGAUACAAACUGCACCAUCUUCUAUCCCAGGCGGUACAGGGUUUUCUCUUCAUUUAGCUGGAAUGCUGUAAAUGCAGGUGAGAAGAUAACACCUAACAAAGGGUAACAAAAACCUGUGCGGUGCACAUUUGCAGUGAGGGCAGAAGGCUAUGCUCCCUGCAGCUGCCUGGGAAGCGCAGAUGUACAUAUAGACUCUAACUUUGGGAAGCAUGUGUUUAGUUUUUAUGCAUUUUUUAAUAAUAAAACAUGUACUGUGUCUGA